UUAAAUGCUGGUCCUAAUAUUGGCCCGCCAUGAAAAUAGAUGUAUCCUUUUUCCUACCUUUUUUCUUCUUCUUCAAUCGAAGCUUCCUCUGCAAGAUCGAUUUCUUCUAGAACAUUCUGCAACAGCGGAGAACUUGAUCAAUCUUCAUCGGCUCCACACUACCAACGAAUCACUGAAUUCUCUCAACUUUGAAGAUUUCAGAGGUUAUGGCUGAUUCCUCCAAGGACGAUUUCCUCCAGCUCCUCAAGAGAAUUGGGGCAUUUCUUACUCUCAAGAUUUCUAAUCUCUCACAAACACUGGACUCAAGAUCUGCAGGAGCUAUAGCAGGUCUUGCAUUUGCAAUAGUAUUUAUCUGGAGAAUAUUGAGAUCACCUAGUGGACCACAGAGGAGACAUCCUAAGCAACAAGCUGUUACACCUGGUAGUUCUGGUGUAAGCAGACAUUUUAGUGAAAAUAUACCGACUUCAGAAGUUAGCCCCCCUUCAGAGGAUUCAAAUGCACAAAAUGUCAUUGAUGAGUUCUUUCAGCCCAUAAAGCCAACUCUUGGGCAAAUAGUUAGGCAAAGAUUGGGUGAGGGGAGGAAGGUAACAUGUCGGUUGCUUGGAGUAAUCCUGGAGGAAACGAGCCCAGAGGAACUACAGAAACAAGCUACUGUUCGAUCCUCCGCGCUUGAAGUGUUGCUCGAAAUCACCAAAUUUUGUGAUCUUUAUCUCAUGGAGAGAGUACUUGAUGACGAAAGUGAAAAAAAGGUCCUACUGGCUUUAGAAGAUGCUGGAGUGUUUACAUCUGGUGGCAUAGUCAAAGACAAGAAAAACGACAUUCUCAUAAUUUGUUGGGUCAUGAAUAUAAUCUUACCAUCCUCUUUGCAACUAUAUUCCUUUAUGCUCUUACACACUUAAAAGAUAGGCCCAAUACAUCGACAGAGCUUAAAACUUUGUCACAUUUUUUCCAUUUUGGUACCUCAUCAUCAUACCUAUUGAAAACUUAAUGCUUCCAAAACUGUCUAUUAAGCACAAAUUUUACAGAUCCACGCCAACAACAAAUGUGUGACUUUCACUCUCUUUUGAUCCUGCAGCUUGGCCAAUCAAACCUCUAAAAAAAUACAUUGUCAUCAACAAAAAAAAAUAAGGAACAAAUUUUCCCAAACAAUAGAAUUUGGUAUCUCAGCCAACCACUCUCAUCAUCUGGAACACCAUCCAUCACCUCUCCACACCAUUACACCACCUCUAGACUACUAGAUUUUAUCUUUCUCCACGGUGGCUUCACCAAAAACAGCCAGUAGACGCAACAACAAACAAUUUGCCAGCAUCACCCACCGGACCAUUUUCACAACCAGAAAAUUGUAUCACACUCUUCCUUUGCAAGGUAUAUAUACACAGGUCUCUCUCUCC